CCAGAGAAAGGCGAGUACAGCGCAGAAUAUGGAUUGGGAGACUGCAUGAUCGAAUACCUGGGCCAUUGGUAGCUCCCAUUCCUGACGAUCUGCUCUUUUAAGGAUGAAUAGAGUGAAGGUUGAUGAGGAAGAAUACUGGCACAGUUCCAAGUGUAAGGCCUUCACUUUUGAUGAUGAAGAUGAUGAACUCUCCCAGCUGAAGGAAUCUAAGCGAGCAGUAAACAGCCUGCGAGAUAUUGUAGAUGAUGACGAUGAUCUUGAGAAGUUCAGCUGGAGUGGGGAGCCCGUGGGCAGCAUAUCCUGGUCAAUCAAAGAGACUGCCUCCACCAACAGUACUCCUGAGGGAAGUGAUCUGGGCCUGCAAAAGGGCUCUUCCUCCACUGGAUCUUUCCCCAAGCAAUCCUCUUCCUACUCGCUAAGCAGCUUUUUCAAAGGGAGAAACAAACAUGGGAGUUUUCAGUCGCUUUCUGAUGCUCUCAUUGACACAGGAUUUAAAAAUUACGCUCCAGAACUGCGCAGACCAAAAGCAGAGUACAAGGACUACGAGAGUGUCUGGAGCCCUAAAGAGACAGUUAAGCGGCUGCAAAGAGGCAAGGUCUGUUCACUGGAGAGGUUUCACUCCUUGCAGGAGAAGCUGCUGCUGCUGGACGAAGCUGUUGCAGGGCACGAUGGCAACGUCAUUACAGCUGUUUUAGUAUUUCUGAAGAGAACCUUGAAGAAAGAAGUUCUGUUCCGGGAGCUAGAGCUGCGGCAGGUUGCCUUGUGCCAUUUCAUACAUUUUCUCAAAGAGAUUGGAGACCAGAAGCUCCUCCUGGAUCUGUUGAGGUUCUUGGACAGGAUGGAGGAAGUUGCAUUGACACAGUACCGUGAGCAUCUGAUCAUCCAGGAUGCAGAGAAGCGAAAAGAAUUUCUGAAAGGUUGCAUUGGGUUACCAUUUUCCUCAGAAGAUUCUGCUCUUGUCCAAGAUCAUUACACACUCCUGGAGAGGCAGAUCAUCAUUGAAACAAGUGACAAGCAUUUAGAAGCCUCUGGACAGACGGAGAUAUUUCGGAAACACCCACGAAAGGCCUCCAUCCUAAAUAUGCCGCUGGUCACCACCCUCUUCUACUCUUGCUUCUACCAUUACACGGAGGCUGAGGGAACAUUCAGCAGUCCAGCAAACCUAAAAAAAACCUUUAAGAUUCCAGACAAACAGUAUGUGUUGACAGCUCUAGCUGCUCGUGCCAAACUCCGGGCUUGGCAUGAUGUAGAUGCUCUGUUCACCACUAAGAAUUGGUUGGGCUACACAAAGAAGAAAGCUCCCAUUGGUUUCCAUCGGGUAGCGGAGAUCUUACAGCGGAAUAAUGCCCCCGUGCAGGUCCUACAGGAGUAUGUUCGCCUGGUGGAAGAUCUUGAGACAAAGUUAAAUCUUGCCAUGAAAUACAAGUGCCAUGAUGUUGUUAUAGAUACAUAUAAAGACCUGAAGGACCGCCUCCAGCUGAUGGCAUAUAGAUGUAAAGUCGAACGUGGCUCUCCAGCAGAGGAGAAGAUUGAUAGUAUCCUGAGCAACCCGCAAAUCCGGUGGAAAAAUUGAGAGGUGCUCACUCAUUGUGGGAGAAGCCUUAUUUUGCUGGCUCAAUAAUGGUCACAAGGCAAAUUGCCAAACCUUGUGUGUGUUGUUUUGGACCACUGCUUAAUUUGUCUGUCACCUGGCACUGCCUGGGGUUCCUGGGACAGAAACAGACAUCUAGGCAUUGGUGUUGGCCAAAAGAGAUGUUCAGCCAGUGGAAUACAAAGCAGACAGGCUGAAGUCUACACUCCUUGCAGUAAUCUUGGCCACAUGGUGGAUAGGACAUCAUUGUACAAAAAGAA